CACUGUGGGAAGCGUUUCCUUGUUUAUAGCCCAGCCCCCGGCAUAUGAGACUAUAGCUUGAGUGAAAAGGGUUUUGAAUGUUACUGGGCUCCAAAGCCCUUGGGAACAGUGUAAAGAAAGCCUUGUGCAACCUCUGGCAGGAAUCGGGGCUGGCGUGACCUCCGCGGUAGCUGCUGCUAACGGGACGCCUGCUCUCCGGGACGCGAGGCUAAGAGACGUCUCUAUGGUCAAGUACACAUAGAGCGGUGCCUCGCUUCCCCACGCGGUGGGACUGCGCAUGCGCUGCGGCUGCAGCUUUGGCAAGAUGGCGGAGGAAGAGCAAAGAAAAAAGAUCCCUUUGGUUCCAGAAAACCUCCUGAAAAAGAGGAAGGCGUACCAGGCCCUCAAAGCCACCCAGGCGAAGCGGGCACUUUUGGAAAAGAAGGAGCAGCGGAAAGGAAAAGAUAUCGGGUUUAAGCGACUGGAAUGGUUCCUGCACGAUGCCUGGCGGCAGAAACGUGACAAGGUGCGCCUCAGACGACUGGAAGUGAAGCCGCACGGUUUGGAGGUGCCAGAUGAGCAUUCCUUGGCCUUCGUUGUGCGCAUCCAAAGGAUCAGGGGGGUGAGCUUACUGGUACAGAAAACCAUUGCAAGGCUUCGCCUGAAGAAGAUUUUCAGUGGUGUCUUUGUCAGAGUGACCCCCCAGACCAUAAAAACGCUGCGUAUAGUGGAACCGUAUGUGACCUGGGGAUUUCCCAAUCUGAAGUCUGUCCGGGAGCUCAUCUUGAAACGUGGACAAGCCAAGGUCAAGAAUAAAGUCAUCCCUUUGACAGACAACACAGUGAUUGAGGAGCAUCUGGAAUAUCUGAAAGCACACUGCAUUGGAAGCAUGUGUUUCUGUUUUUUGGAAUUACCCAGUAUCUUCAAAGAAGAUUAUUUUCUGCUAUAUCUUCAGAAACUGCAGGGGAAGGGUCAGGGAAAAGAUGGUGGUGAUGUCCCACUUCCAAAGGAAAAGUCCAGUGUGUUUCCCACGUUGGCCACUGCUGCCACCUCUGAAAUCAGCCAAGGACUCAUGCCAUGGAGGAGAGGGUCCUGCGUCACAGAUAGGAGAUGUCCUUCAUCACAUCUUCUGGACCCAAGCGUGAACUCAAGACGGCAGUGGGCCCAGCCCAGAGGCAUACCUGAACUUGGGGUUCCCAAUGCCUCGUUUUGGAAAGAACUUGAAAUACAUUUAGAAGAGCACAGAAAUGGGGCUCCGUUGUCUCUGUUGUGUGUCCAUGCUCCAGCUUUUCGGUGACAGCUUUGAAAGCUCUCGGGCUUGACUGGCUCUAAAUUUACCUGGUGGCUUCCUUUUCCUAGCUCAGGAUUUUAACCUAUUCUUGGAUUUGUGAGAAGGGAAGGACCAUUUCCCCAGAAAAACAUGCAUCCACUCCAGUUUUUGCUCAAGGGCUUAGGGUGUUCGUAGACUCUUCUCAGGGACCCAUGCACCUUACACGAGAAAGUCCUGCACUAUCAGGAGUGGUUGCCCAGGCCUGGCCUUGCUAAUCUGGUUCCCUGUCCUGUGGAAAACCAAAGCUUACAAGAUUGCCUUUUCCCUUCAAGCUAAUGGGUAUUUCCUGUUAGGAACACAGUGGUAGCGACUGAGCCCUUAUACCGACUUUAACUUGGGGUAUUGUCCCCCAUUUAUUUCUGCUGGGCUUUACGAUCAAUUUUCUGGUUUCCCUGAUGAUCCGUCCUCUGCUUUAAGAACCCAAAAUCAGGAAAAAAUGAACCAUUUUCUUGGUUUGGCAUGGAUGGAAUUGGCACUAUUUGGUCUUUUAGGCCCUGGGCAAGCUUAGUUACACCCUUUCCUGGUGGGGCGCGGCUACAGUGGUUUGGACAGGUUCAAGCCUUGGACUGAGGCAGUGGCCGGCAAACUCAUUGGUCAACAGAGCCAAAUAUCAACAGUACGACGAUUGAAAUUUCUUUUGAGAGCCACAUUUUUUAAACUUUAUAGGUAGGUACAUUGUUAUUAACUUAAUUAGGGUACUCCUAAGGCUUAGGAAGAGCCACACUCAAGGGGCCAAAAAACCGCAUGUAGCUCGCGAGCCGCAGUUUGCCGACCACAGGACUGAGGAGAGGACACCGUCCUCAUUGCCACGUGCAUGUUCCAGCUUGGAGGGCAGAGCCUUCCCAGCACAAUUAUAACAGAUAUAGUGUAAACUUGAACCUAUGGUCUGAACACGUGGCCCCACGUGCCUGAGUGAUAAAGUUCAGGUGCAUGUAGUUGAGGAGGGUUGAAACCCACGAGAAUGCUGUAAACAUCUUGAUCAUGUCCUUUGCCUCGUGGCAUCUGCUACAAAAUAAAGACACGGCUUGUGGGUGCUGGCGCUGUCCAUCAGAGGAGCAGCGUCCCACCGAGACCCAGCUUUCAUUCUCUUGUCUGUCUUUUCUAAGCCUUUCAUCACCCCCACUCAGGGUCACUGAACCAGGCUGAGCUGGCAUGAGUAUGCCAUGGCCAUGUUGGCUCCCCACAUUUCCUUGCAUAUUCUAGGCUGCAGGCCCCUCCAGGAGUUUUGCUCUCUAUCCUGCUGGUAAUGCUGUAAUAGACCAACAUGAGGACGCUAGUGCUCCUGGGACGUUACACUUGACAAGGGUCUGAUCCUGCCCAUGUUGUUGUCAUAAGUGCGUCUUCUCUUCUGCCACUCAGUUGCCUCAACCUGCCAUCACAGCAGUUGGUGAAGGUGUGCCAGGCCCAGGUUAAGACUUGAAAAUAUGCUUAGCCAAUGUUGCCUGAUCCCUUAAGAUCAGCCUUGCUGCAGUUUGGCUCAUGGCCCCUCAAACAGAGCUGUGAGAUUGAGUUAGUGUAACAGUGCCUCAGAGUGCCAGGUUAUGAGGUAAUUAAUUAGGUGGUUGCCUCAGGAGUUAACCUGCCAGGAAGAGAUGUUACUCUAACACUGGAGAGCAUUGUGAAAUCAGAUUACAGUGAUGGAUCUAAAGUCAUGGGAAGAGAACACUGUGGAAGCCCAGAGUUUGUAUCCCAGAUCUGUCUUACACUAAAUACGGGAAUAAGAUUUUCACUCUUGCCUGUAAAGUGGGGCUCAUUGUGUAGUCUAGCCUGUCUGCCUCACAUGGUGGUUAAAAGGGUUAAGGAAAAUAAGUUUUUAACUUAGAAUUCUGUAUCUAUACUAAUACAUACAAAGGCCUCAGCGAACAGGACUACUGGUCUACCAGUCGCUAUGAUGUUCAGUGACCACCAGGGGGCAGGCACUCAAUGCAGGAGCUGCCCCCUGGUGGUCAGUACCUCCACCUCCCCCCAUAGGCCUCCAUCUCUGGCCAGGCGGAGGGACCUCACCAGGCAUGCACCAGGUGUGCACCCGCCAUGUCUGUAUCGUGUACCGUGGUAUGCCACUCCCCAAACAAGUGGGACUCUCCUUCUGGGAAAAGCAGGAAGAGAAGGUGCAGGGAGCCAGAUCCAGCGGUUAGAGCCAAGGGUUCUGGGGUUUGAUUGGCUGUUCUUCAAUGCCUUGGGAUUUCAUUUGCUUAAUGCAUUUUUUAAGUCAUUUUGAGGCCAGAUUUGACCAUCAAACCUUUUAUUAACUGUCUGGAGAGUGGCUGUCCAAAAUCAAUGCCACUUGAAUCCUAAAU